AUGAACGCGAUUCAUGAAGUUUACAAGAUUUCAAGAGCUCAGACACUCAUAGCUCUGUGCAGUACCGUGCCGGGGUACUGGUUCACAGUGGCAUUAAUUGAUUACAUGGGUCGGUUCGCAAUCCAAUUGAUGGGUUUCUUCUUUAUGACAGUCUUCAUGUUGGCCCUGGGCAUACCAUACCAUCACUGGACCUUAAAGCCCAACCGAAUCGGGUUCGUUGUGAUGUACUCCCUCACCUUCUUCUUCGCCAACUUUGGUCCAAAUGCCACCACAUUCGUUGUGCCAGCAGAGAUUUUCCCAGCAAGGCUAAGGUCUACGUGUCAUGGAAUCUCAGCUGCUGCUGGAAAAGCGGGAGCGAUUGUGGGUGCUUUUGGGUUCUUAUAUGCUGCACAGAGCAGAGAUCCUAAAAAGACUGAUGAAGGGUACCCUCCAGGAAUUGGGAUUCGAUACUCUUUGAUAACGCUUGCUGUGAUCAACUUCGUUGGGAUGUUGUUCACCUUUUUGGUGCCAGAAUCAAAAGGUAAAUCACUGGAGGAGUUGGGUAGGGAGAAUGAUGGCGAAGGAGGUGCAGAGGGAAUUGAGCAUGCAGGUUCUGGCAGGACAGUUCCAGUUUGA